CUCAUCAAUUUGAAGCUAGUACACUUGGCCAGAAUAUCAUCAUUGUCAUCCAGGUCUUGUAACUUUCUGGGAGCGAUGCUUUCAAUUUUGGUUUUCGUCCUCAUUCCGGUGGCGACCAGGGGUGCCGGUACAUUCAGCGCCGAAUUCAUCCUCCCUGAAACACCGCCACUGCAGAUUAGUUACUUAGAAGAAGGGCUUCCGCUGGAUAAAAUCGUCAAUUUGACUGUAAACGUUGAAAGCGAGGUCGCCUUCUAUCUCUUCACCAAGGGGAACACAGAUACGGCUCAGAUACUGAGAGUCGGAGACGUCAAGAGCGUGGUGGAGUCUUCCUUCGACUCCGAAUGGCCAACAAAAGUGAUGAUUCACGGAUGGACCGACAGCAUUGACUCCCGGUGGUACAUUUCUUAUCGGGAAAAUUACCUAGCCAGUGGAAACUACAACCUGAUCUUCGUCGAUUGGUCGUCACCUGCUGGACGAGAGUAUUUUACCUCCGCGAAGUUGACCCGACCUGUGGGUGAGCAUCUCGGAAAACUUCUGGCCUUCCUCGAGGAUCACGGCAAUGUUUCCCUCUCGAACGUACAUAUCCUGGGACAUAGUCUUGGCGCCCAUGUUGCGGGUGUCGCUGGAUCUAUGGUGUCAGGACGAGUUGGACGAGUGACAGGUUUGGAUCCAGCUCGUCCAGCUUUCGAGGCCCCUUUCCUCAUCGAUCCCAGAGACCGUCUGGAUCCGACGGACGCUGAAUUCGUCGACGUAAUUCACACCUGCUCCGGCACUUUAGGGUUCGUCUCAUCCAUUGGUCACGCCGACUUUUAUCCCAAUGGGGGAACCUUCAAUCAGCCCGGAUGUCCACCGAUAGCUUCUCAAUUUUGCAGCCAUGCCAGAUCACACCAGUACAUGUCAGAGUCCAUCGUUCGGCCGGAAGGAUUCUUGUCCAUACGUUGUGAAAGUUGGGGAGAAUUCGUUUCGGGACGUUGCAGUGAUCAGGGUAAACAAGUGUUCAUGGGAGAAAUACUGAGCAUGGAGACACGUGGAAGGUUUUACCUGAGAACCAACUCUCAGCAACCUUUCGGGCAAGGAAUCUAGGCAGAGAAAUUAUAGGCCAGAAUAAGUACAACUGCGUGUUCCCGUUUAUGCGUGAAACUUCCACUAUUGAAUCAAUUGUCGUCCAAUUCGUCCAUGUCCUCACUGGACGGUUUCUCGAUCUCACCACCGAAGAGGACUCUGUACUUCCGGCGAACAAUG